UAUUCUCUCUCCCUCUCAUUUUCCUCUGCUUUUCUUUUUCCUUUUUUUUCCUUUUUUUCUCGUAUAGCACUAUUUUUCUCUUUCUGUGGAGGAGAGAGAACGCCAUUACGCCACCACCUAAUUGCUCCAUUCCUUUCCCCUGCGCCUUUAUUCGUGGAUGCUACACGCACACAAUUUCGCCCAUCUCACCGUUUGCUACUGCUACUGUGCGCAGCUGCUCGCGGAGGUCAUGUCAUGCGGAUGCGGGUGGUGAAUUCCAAUGUCGCGAGCUUCGGUCACCGCCGCUUCCUCCUCCAUGCACCACCAAGGCCUGCUUCUUCCUCUCUUCCUUGAUUUCUAAAACCCUCUUUUUUCUGCGUCCGAUUUUAUGUGCGUUGAUUGCGUCAAGUAUAGUAGCAUUUGCGGAAUUCGUGGAGGUUGAGGGAGGGUUUUGCUUGCGAUCGCGUCUCUCCUUGGCAUUGACUUUGGUUUGGUAUCCGUUGAUGAUCGGGGUGCCGUGGGGUUGACUGAUUAUUUGUGCAUUUUUCCAACGCUAGCUAGUUUAUGCUCAAGGGAGGAGUAGGAGUAGGUUUUGUAUGAGUGAAGCUUUUUAACUGUACAUAUGCUUGUUUCUGUGUAGCUUACUUGAUCACUAGUAAGAAUUACUGGCAUUGGCUCAGUUCUUUUCACCCUCUCUGUUUUUGUUUCUUGUGGAUUAGAUUAGUGUAGCGUAGCUUGCAAAUUGCUAAUUGAUUGUGUCGACAUUCGUAAGGUCUUCGUGUAUAUGCUCUUAUAACAUAACCUUCCACUCAUGUUAUUCUUUCCCUACUUCAAAACACUUUUGAUUUUAAUGUAGUCCGACAGGCUUACUAAAAUUGUUAAUUGUGUGCCUUGAAAUUCCCCCCAAUCUUUUCAGCAAACUGUAACUCCUUUUCUCCUUGUCAUUCAUCUACCAUGUUUCGGAGAUAAUUUUAUUUCUGCACUAUUUAAAUAUGUGAUUUUGUAUGGAUAUCCAAGUGCAUUUGAUGUGUAUCACGUUUGGUGUUCUGCCCACUAAGAUUGCAAUAUUCAACAACUAGAAAAGGGGUCUUGACAUUUAUUUUAUGCAAAGGCUGGUGGUUCCAAAUUGUGCACUAUAGAAGAUGUUUUGUGGCAAAUGAACAUGAGAUCAAGGGAACAGAUGGAAUCUGGACCUUAUCCAGUGCGUGAAGGUGAACCGGAUUGUUCAUACUACAUUCGAACAGGAGUAUGCCGAUUUGGGCCUACAUGUCGAUUUAACCACCCUCCCAACAGGAAACUGGCUAUUGCCACAGCAAGGAUGAAAGGUGAAUAUCCAGAAAGGAUAGGACAACCUGAAUGUCAGUAUUAUUUAAAAACAGGGACAUGCAAGUUUGGAGCCACAUGCAAAUUUCAUCAUCCUCGAGACAAAGCUGGGAUUACCGGAAGAGUUGCCUUAAAUGUUUUGGGCUAUCCACUUCGCCCGAAUGAGAUGGAAUGUGCAUAUUAUAUCAGAAAUGGACAGUGCAAAUUUGGGAGCACUUGUAAAUUCCAUCAUCCUCAGCCUUCAAAUAUGAUGGUCUCUUUACGUGGUUCUGCCGUAUAUCCUCCUAUUCAUUCUCCUACAACCAGCCAGCUGUCAUAUCCAUUGUCAAGAGCUUCUUUUAUAGCCAGUCCACGGUGGCAAAGCCCUUCAAGUUAUGCACCCCUUGUCAUGCAACAGGGAGUGGUAUCUGUCCCUGGAUGGAACACAUACAGUGGUCAACUGGGUUCAGUUCUAUCAUCUGAAAACCAACACCCUUCAGCGGUAAACAUCCAGAGUGAUGGAGCAUCACAUCAGGGCGACUCUGGAAAUGUUGCAUCUGAGUUUGGUUCUGUGCCAAUGGGAUAUUACUCAUUCCAAAAAGAUAAUGUAUUUCCUGAGAGACCAGGUCAGCCUGAAUGCCAGUUUUAUAUGAAGACCGGGGACUGCAAAUUUGGUGCAGUUUGUAAGUUUCACCAUCCUAAGGAAAGACUGGUUCCUGUUCCUGACUGUCACUUGAGUCCAAUUGGACUUCCUUUACGGCCGGGGGAGCCUCUAUGUGUAUUCUACUCACGAUAUGGUAUCUGCAAGUUUGGUCCAAGCUGCAAGUUUGACCACCCCAUGAGAGUUUUUGCAUACAAUACCCCUGUCUCAUCAUCAACUGACUCCACAGCCGUUCUCCGUUUUAUGGCAUCUUCACCGGGAACAGUUCCAUUAAAUUUCUCUCCAGAUGGACUCGUUGACGCCACACACAAUAGGCGGCUCUCCUUGUCAGAGGCUAGACAAAAAUCCUCGGGUGAUAAUAACACUGACUCAGAGUGAAAAUAUUUCUUCCAAAAGUAAUUGAGUUAUUGUCUUAUUUAAUCUUUGGAAGAUAAAUAAAUAACAGCUUCCUGUAAAUUCAUUUCCCUGGCUGGAGAUGUACAGAAUUCAAUUCCAUGUCGAUCUGCUUUUCUGAAGAUGCAGUUCAGUUGACUAGAUUGACUUCUUAAACUCGCUGCAAUGUAUAAAUCUGCAAAUGUUUUCACAUUUGUUAAAGGCAGUGGUGGAUGUUUCCAUUUUUUUGACAGCCAUCAAUCUGAUAUGUUUGUAUCA